AUGUCUCGUGGAAAUUACGACCACCUUUUCAAGAUUCUUAUCAUCGGUGAAUCCGGUGUUGGGAAGACAGCCAUCAUGCAACGAUUUUGUGAAAACACUUUUGAGCCUGUCUAUAUCUCCACCGUUGGAGUGGACUUCAAACCGAAGGUGAUCAAAGUAGGGAACAAAACAGUGAAGAUGCAGUUAUGGGAUACUGCCGGACAAGAUAGAUUCAGAAACAUCACUGCUAGUUAUUAUAGAGGGACACAAGGUGUUUUGAUUGUGUAUGAUAUCACCGACAGAGCAUCAUUUGAUAAGGUCUCUUCAUGGUUUACUGAGGUCAGAGAUAGAACAGAGAAUGAUCCCCCAGUGAUCAUCCUUGUGGGGAAUAAAACUGAUUUGAUGGAUCACGCUGCUGUUAAACAAGAGGCCGUCGAACAACUUGCUAGACAACUUGGUGGUGUUCAAACCUUCACGUGCUCAGCAAAAGAUGGCAGUGGAAUAGAUGACGUCUUCAACGCAUUGACUCAAUCCAUUAUUUCAAAGGUUGGCGGUGCUGCAGACAAGAAGGCCGAUCCAUCUAUUGUCCCACUUAAUAACCCACAAGGACAACAACAAACAAAAGAAGGUGGUGGAUGUUGCUAA